AUCACUUCGAUUCUAUGUUAAUGUUUAAUCCAUUAAUAUUAAUGUUUAAUCUAUAUAUCUAGAUUGUCCCAAAAGUUUUUCAAGCUAUCUUAAGCUGUUUUAUCUGGCAAUGUAACAAUGUUUGUCUGGCAAAUAAAAACAAAAGAUACUUUUGGGACAGUCCAAUAUUAAAAAAAAAUGAUUAAAAAAUAUACGAUAAAUAGUAUAAUUCAGAAAACAAUUUUAAUUAUUUAAUUAAAAUUCAAUUUGAAUUUGAUCAAAUAUAUUAGAUUGUCAUCGAUUAUGAAUCGAUUGAGAAAGUAUCUCGAAUUGAUAUAAAAUAUUGAUGUUGAAUAAUAAAAAAUUAUAUUGAACAAUAUGAUUUGAUGCUGGAUCCUAUUUUAUGCUUUACAAUAACGCUGUUAAAAUAUUUUUAAAAAUAUUUUUAAUGAUUACGCAAUAUAUGAUAUAAAUAUCUUUAUAUAUCGUGUUCAUGAAGAGUCAGUUCAGAUAAAGUCAUAUUUUGAUUGCAAUAUGUUGAGCAAGUCAUGUAUGCUGAUACAGGUUAAACAAUAUUAGAGGUCGCUAUGUCGAAUUUAAAUAUUAAACUUUCUUUUUGCACAAAUGUGUGUGUACACACGCGCGCGUACACACACAUACACAUGUAAAAAGAGAAAAAAUUUAUGAAUAAUAUAUUUUCAAGAAAGCAGUCGUCCUCUAUAACAAAAAAAAUGGAGAGUGAUCUGUCUAAUGAUUUAUUUGAUGCUAUUCAAAAGAAUGAUUUAAAUAAAGUUAUAGAUUUGAUUUCAAAAGGGGCUAAUGUUAAUACCUGUGAUAAUACUGGUAAGUUUCCUUUGCAAGUAGCUAUAAAAAAGGAAUCUACAGAGAUCAUAGAAGAACUUAUACAGAAAGGUGCCGAUGUUAAUAUUAAAGUUUACGAUAAAGAUCGUAAUAUACCACUUGUAGAAUAUGCCAUGGAAGAAAGUAAUACAAAUAUAGUUACAUUAUUAGUAGAAAAAGGGGCUAUUGUUACAUUUAAUAAUGAUAAUGAAGAAAAAGUACUACACUAUGUUAUCAAAAGUGGUAUGUUUGAAUUGCUAACAGAUUUAAUUAAUAAAGGAAUUAAUAUUAAUUUAAAAACAGAUGAGGGUCAAACACCCUUAUUUAUAGCAGUCAAACAAGGACAAUUACAAAUUGUCAUAUUUUUAUGCAACUUGGGGGCUGAUAUAAACAUACGUACUUCUAAAAAUAGCACAGCAUUACAUUUUGCUGUAUCAUGUCCUGUAUAUGAAAUUACAGAAUUUCUCAUUAAUAAUGGUGCAGAAAUUGAUGCAGAAAAUGUAUACGGUUAUACACCUCUACAAUGUGCUCUUUAUGAUAAUAAUUUAAAAAUGGCUAAACUUUUAGUAGAAAAAGGUGCUAAUGUAAAUAGAAUUUAUAUAAAUACCCAUUAUGCUCGACAGAGAUUAGGAGGUACACUUUUACACUGGGCUUCUCGAAAUUGGAAUUCAGAUGAAGUAAUGAAAUUUCUCAUAGAAAAUGGAGCAGAUAUUAAUGCCACUGAACGUGAUGGUAGAACACCUCUUUGUUUAUUAGUAAAACACAAUGGAACUCCAGAAAUGAUAACGUUUUUUGUUAAAAAUGGUGCAGAUCUUAACAAUAAAGGUGGUGGUAGUCCAUUAUAUUGGGCUAUCUAUAGCCAUUGCAUAAGAUUACAAACUUUAUUGAUAGAACUUGGCACAGAUGUUAAUGGUGUUAUUGAUAGCUUUGAUGAUUUAAAAGCACCAUUGCAUUUGACACGUGAUUUACCUGUGGUAAAACUUCUUAUAGAUAAAGGAGCUAAUGUAAAUAUUACAGAUAAAUUUAAGAGCACGCCAUUACAUUAUGCUAAUCAUCUUUCUAUAGUAAAGUGUCUUGUGGAAAAUGGUGCUGAUAUAAAUGCUAAAAACAAUGAAGGAAACACACCUUUACAUACAGCUGUUAAUUUUCCUAUAGUAGAAUAUUUAGUAGAAAAAGGUGCAGAUGUAAAUAUUCCUAAUUUUAAAGGGUAUACACCAUUGCAUUUUGCAAAAAAUGUAAUUAUAGCAGAGUAUUUGAUAGAGCAAGGUGCUGAUAUUAAAGCCAUUGCAAAAGAUGGAAAAUCUAUAUUACAUAGCAUUAUUGAAACAAAUACAUAUUAUGAUUUAAAUUUUAUCGAGUUAUCAAAUUUGAUACAAUUUUUAAUAGAGAAAGGUAUAAAUAUUGACAUUACUGAUAAUGAUGGUAAUACACCAUUGCAUUUGUGUGCUGCAACAUAUAACAAUUUUAUAGCAAAGAUAUUACUUGAAAAUGGGGCAAAUAUUUCUGCUACUAACAUUGAAAAUAAAAAACCAGUAGAUUUGGAUAAUGGAAUGUUUGCAGAUAUGAUCACUUCUGUAACAAAACUGUUUACUGCUGUGAAUGAAAAUGCAUCCUGGAAAACAAUAGAAUCUUUAAUUUUUUAUAGAGCUCAAUUGUUAAAUGUUCCAUUGGAUAAUUUUAAAACAACUAUAUUACAUUCUAUGGCACAAAAUUGUGAUGAAAGUAUAGUGAAAAAAUUGUUCCAACGACUACAAUAUAGAGAAAAUAUAAUUAAUUUUAUUACUAAAUAUAAAUUGGUAAAUGCUCAAGAUAUAAAUCAUUGGAUGCCUUUACAUUAUGCUGCACUAAGAGGAGAUAAGAGUAUAGUUAAACAUUUAUUGAAUAAUGGUGCAAUAUAUAAUGCUGAAACUUUAAAAUUUGAAACACCAAUGAAACUUACUACUAAUGAUGAAAUUAAAAGUAUACUUCAAUUAACAGAAAAAAUAUUUGAAUAUGUAAAAGUAGGAAAUAAGACAGAGGUUGCUAAAUGUAUUACAAUACAAAAAGAAAUCAUUAAUGCUAGAGAUAAUAAUGGUGAUAGCCCUUUACAUCUUGCCAUUUAUCAUGAUCAUACAGAUAUUGCAAUGUUGCUAUUAAAGCAUGAAGCUGAUUUUAUUCAAAUUAAUGCUAAAAAAUACACAACGUUACAUUUUGCUACUUUCAAGGGUAAUAAGGAUAUAGUUGCAAAUUUGCUUAUAAAUCUGAAGAAAACUAAAAAAUUAAAUGAGUUCAUUAAUUUAAAAUCAAUAAAUGGUAUGACUGCUGUUCAUAUGGCUGCUAAGAACAAUUUUAUCGAUCUUAUAAAACUUUUAUUGAGUUAUGGUGCAAUCUAUAAUGAAAAAGAUAAAGAAGGCAAAGUACCAAUGGAUCUUUCUAUGGACAAGGAUAUCAUUGAUUAUUUAAAAUUUGUGCAGGAAUUAUUUGAAGAUGCAAAAUAUGGGAAAAUUGAAAUUAUUAACAAAUUAGAAAAUUUAGAUUGCAACGAAUUUAAAACAGUUACAACUAUUUGUAAUAGACAAGGAUAUACAUUGAAGGAUAUUAUGAAAUUUAAUCAAUACGAUUGUAUUCUUCAAAAAUUUUCGAAAGUAGAAUCAACGAAAAGUAUUUUAGUCAAUGGGACUAAAGAAUCUCUAAAUAAAUACAGAAAUAAAUAUUCAGAUGAAAGUGACCAGGAAGAUAUCAUUUUUGGUUUAUUUGAUUAAUUUAAGAUAAAAUAUAUGUAUAUCUAUAUUUUAAUUUUUAUUAUGUUUAUAUGUCAAUUAAAAAUAUCAAAAGUUCUAGAUUAGAUUGAAUUUAUAUUCCAAAUAGGUCUAACUUCGCUUUUAAUAAUUUUUAAAAAUAUGUGGAAAUAUGUUUGAUGAAGUGUAUUAUAAUUUUUAUACAAUAUGUUUUUUAUUAUGUAAUUUAUAAUUACUAUUUCUUUACGAGUAUAUAUUUAUAUAGAUAUUUUAAGUAUCAUGCGUGUGAGCAUAAUUUAUGUUUCGGAUAAUUUAUAUUUCGUCGAUAAUAGAGAUCGCAAGUCGCAAAUGUCAUCUAUCGGUAAUCAAUUUUUUGAUCCCCUGUGAUAGGCAACAUUAUAGCGACACAUAUUGCCUGUAUUCAGGCGUGGCACAUAUCGGAUAUCGAUAAGAAACAUAAAAAUUUAAACAAAAAUUGUUAACAUGUCAAUUUUUUUUUAAAGACAAUUAUCUUUUAUACUUUUUGCGAUGUCUAGAAAGUAAGAACUUAUUGCAAUAGCUUUCAUAGAUGGAAAUAAUCUGCAUUUUAGUUAAAAAAAUAUGCUUAUUUAACAAUUGUUUGAUUUGAGUGACUUUUAAAUAUCUAUAGGAUUUUAUUGUAAAAAAAGGGCUAAAACUUACAUCGAUAUAUUUUUCGCAUUUAAUGUUGAGGAAACUAGCACGUUGUUCGGCCCUGAGUUGUUCCUGUAAUGUAGGUCGUCGUCUAACUGUUCCGCGUACCGUUCCGUCGAGUCCAUACGACGUUCAUUAGUCUGGUCCAACUUGGCUCUUCCAGCUCUUCUUCUUUGCUUACGAUAUUUUUCUACGAAGAGGAAAAGUUACUUGGGACAAUAAUAUCUAUGAUAAGAUUUUCAUAGAAUAAAAACUAGUUCAUUUAUUA